AAUUCAUUUACCCAUUUACACAUUUACACACCAGAUUAAAGAAUGGAGAACCAAGAUUUGUAAGAAAAACAAAAAAAAAUAACUGUUACAAACACUUGAUUAGCGCACUACCGCGUUUUGUCUUAGCUAGUCGGGUGCAUUGCAGUGUUCAUUGUUCAGAACCUUCAAAAUCAAUGGCGAAACAGACCCAGAUCGCCAUUAUCGGAGCAGGAACUUUUGUGAAGAAUCAAUACAUUCCCAGAUUAUCUGAAAUCUCUGAUCUUGUUUCCAUCAAAUACAUUUGGAGUCGUUCUCAGGAAUCAGCUAGAUCUGCAGUGGAAGCAGCAAGUAAGAAUUUCCCAGAAGUAGAAUGUAAAUGGGGUGAUGCUGGUCUUGAUGAUAUUAUGAAGGAUGCCUCAGUAAUUGGAGUUGCUGUAGUUCUUGCUGGCCAAAUUCAGGUAGAUAUGGCGCUGAGACUACUCAAGGCAGGAAAGCAUGUAAUCCAAGAAAAGCCAGCUGCUGCAAACAACGAGGAGGCAGAAAUGGCACUAUCAAGCUACAAUCUUAUAUCUCCUGGUAGUCCUAGCAAGCCAAUAUGGGCUAUCGCAGAAAAUUACAGAUUUGAACCUGGUUUCAUUGAGGGCAGGAAGCUAGUAGAAGAAAUAGGAGAUAUGAUGAGUGUCCAAGUUAUCGUGGAAGGAUCAAUGAACAGCUCUAACCCAUAUUUCGCAAGUUCUUGGAGGCGGAGCUUCACUGGAGGUUUCAUUCUGGAUAUGGGGGUACAUAUGAUUGCAGGAUUAAGGAUGCUUGUUGGGUGCGAGAUGAAGUCCGUUUCAGCUUUUACCACUCACAUUGAUACUAUUCUGCCCCCACCAGAUAACAUCUCAAGUACAUAUCAACUAGAGAACGGUUGCUCUGGCAUUUUCGUGAUGUCAGUAUCUACUAGAUCACCGAAGAUAUUCUGGCGGGUUGUUGGCAUAAACGGGACUGUUCAAGUUGAACGUGGCAACAUUGACGGGAAACAUGGUUACUUGGUGUCUAAGUUCGAUGUCGAUGGGAAAUGCACAAGCUCAUUUCACCCAUUCAGUGGGGUAACUGAAGAACUUAAAUCAUUCUUACAUAGCAUAUCAGAGGACUCCAGCAACCACAAACCCGACCCUCGCCUAUCUUUCAUCGAAGGUGUUCGAGACGUGGCUGUUUUGGAGGCAAUGCUCGAGUCUGGAUCGAAGCAAGGAGUCGUGGUGCCUGUCAAAACAUUUUAACCAGAUCAGAGAUUCCUGCUGUAGCAUAAUAUCGGCUUUGCUCUAAAAAUAAAACGAACGAGGUUCACCUAUAUGAUUGUAGUGUUUCAGACUCAGACAAGUGAACCUGAAAAACCUGCAGUCAACUGAAAGAAUUGAUCUGUAUUGGCAUGUGACAAGGAAUUGAUCUGUAUUCAAUGGUGUUACUUAAGCAAGUCGAUCUGAUCUGAUCUGAUGUAAACUGUACCCGAGUUGAUCUGUAUUGAAUCAACUCAGAAAGUUAAUCGAAUAAACAAUACUUCGUAUUCUUUAAA